GUUGGGACUUUAGCUUGUUUGUCUUUUUCUACGGCAGAUAAUGUUACAUAUGACUCAAAUGCCUUAAUUAUCAAUGGCGAACGACGCAUUAUCUUCUCAGGUUCAAUUCAUUAUCCACGUAGUACUGAUGCAAUGUGGCCUGAUCUUAUUCAAAAAGCUAAAGAUGGUGGACUUGAUGCAAUCGAGACAUACAUUUUUUGGGAUCGUCACGAGCCCCAACGACGAAAAUAUGACUUCUCUGGAAAUCUAGAUUUUAUCAAGUUCUUUCAACUUAUUCAAGAUGCUGGACUUUAUGUCGUGAUGAGGAUUGGUCCUUACGUGUGUGCUGAGUGGAACUAUGGAGGUUUUCCAGUGUGGCUGCACAAUAUGCCAGGAAUCCAAUUACGAACUAACAAUCAAGUGUAUAAGAAUGAAAUGCAGACUUUCACGACAAAGAUAGUGAAUAUGUGUAAAGCGGCUAGCCUAUUUGCAUCGCAAGGAGGGCCAAUAAUUAUAGCUCAAAUUGAGAAUGAGUAUGGAAACGUGAUGACACCGUACGGAGAUGCAGGAAAAACAUAUAUCAAUUGGUGCGCUCAAAUGGCUGAAUCUCUCAAUAUUGGUGUUCCAUGGAUCAUGUGCCAACAAAGCGAUGCCCCACAACCUAUGAUUAAUACAUGCAACGGAUUCUAUUGUGAUAACUUCACUCCUAACAACCCGAAGAGCCCAAAAAUGUUCACCGAAAAUUGGGUGGGAUGGUUCAAGAAAUGGGGCGACAAAGACCCUCAUAGAACUGCAGAAGAUGUAGCAUUUUCUGUGGCCAAAUUUUUUCAAUUUGGUGGCGUGCUUAACAAUUAUUAUAUGUAUCAUGGAGGUACCAACUUUGGAAGAACAUCGGGAGGUCCAUUCAUCACUACGUCUUAUGAUUACGACGCCCCCCUCGAUGAAUAUGGAAACUUGAAUCAACCUAAAUGGGGACAUCUCAGACAACUUCACGCAUCAAUCAAACUUGGAGAGAAGAUUCUGACUAGCAGCACUCGCUCGGACCGAAAUAUUAGUAGCUCGGUGACCUUAACAACAUUCUCCAACCCAACAACAGGGGGUAGGUUUUGCUUUUUGUGCAACACAGAUGCUAGCAAUGAUGCUACCAUAGACUUGGAGGCAGAUGGAAAAUAUUUUGUACCAGCUUGGUCUGUGACCAUUCUUGAUGGUUGCAACAAGGAGGUUUACAACACUGCAAAGGUUAACUCUCAAACAUCUGUGUAUGUGAAGGAGCAAAAUGUGAAGGAAAAUGCACAACUCUCCUGGGUUUGGGCUCCUGAGCCUAUGAGAGAUACUCUACAAGGAAUUGGUAAAUUUAAAGCAAACCUUCUCUUGGAACAAAAGGCAACUACGGUUGAUUUUAGCGACUACUUGUGGUACAUGACAAAUGUUGAAACCGAUCAAGCUUCAUCUCUUUAUAAUAUAACUCUUCACGUGAAUACAAAGGGUCAUGUGCUUCAUGCCUUUGUAAAUAAAAGGUAUGUUGGGUCGGAAUGGGCGAGCAACGGUCAGAGCUUUGUACUUGAGAAACCCAUCUCGUUAAAAUCUGGAACUAACACGAUAACCCUUUUGAGUGCCACAGUUGGACUAAAAAAUUACGAUGCAUUUUAUGACACAGUGCCAACUGGAAUUGAUGGAGGUCCUGUUUAUCUAAUUGGAAGUGGAAAUGCCACAACUGAUUUGUCGUCAAAUCUAUGGUCUUACAAGGUUGGAUUAAAUGGAGAAAUGAAGCAACUUAACAACCCGACAUUCUCAUCGAAAGGAAAAUGGAGGCCAUUUGAUCAAGGUUCUAUUGGAAGGCGAAUGACAUGGUACAAAACAAGCUUUAAAACCCCAUCUGGAGUUGACCCAGUAGUAUUGGAUCUGCAAGGAAUGGGAAAAGGUCAGGCUUGGGUAAAUGGACAAAGCAUAGGUCGAUUUUGGCCUUCUUUCAUCGCUAGCAAUGAUAGUUGUAGUGAAACUUGCGACUACAGAGGUGCAUAUAACCCUAGCAAAUGUCUUGAAAAUUGUGGGAAUCCUUCCCAACGAUGGUAUCACAUUCCAAGAUCGUUUCUAUCCGGUGACACGAAUACCUUGAUUUUAUUUGAAGAAAUUGGCGGAAACCCUGAACAAGUCUCAGUUCAAACCGUCACUAUUCAAACUAUAUGUGGACAUGCAAACGAAGGGAGCACCUUAGAGUUGUCUUGUCAAGAAGGGCAUAUUAUAUCCGAAAUACAAUUUGCUAGCUACGGAAAUCCCGAGGGAAAAUGCGGGUCAUUUACGCAAGGCUUAUGGAAUGUUUCAAACAGCAUUCUUUUAGUCGAAAGGGCUUGCAUUGGUAUGGAAAGUUGUUCGAUUGAUGUAUCUGCAAAGUCGUUUGGAAUUGGCGAUGCUACCAAUUUAUCUGCAAGAUUGGCGGUUCAAGCAUUAUGCUCAAACAACUGAAAGGCUUAAUGUAAUAUGAAAAAAGUCUUAAAUACCCCUAAUAGUGGCAUGUAUUCAAUGGUAAUUUGGUAAAUGUCCACCAUCUUGGAGAGCUUGUAUACGUGGAGCUUGAUGGGGC